CAUUUGUCACUUGUCAGUGAUUUGUCAAUUAUAGACGGUAAAUUUAAAUUUAGGUUGAUUAGGGUGUUGAUUAGAUUGUCAAGUUGAUUGCUUUUGCCAAAUCUGAACAUAUAAGAAACAAAAUGUCUUCAGCAAAUACUACCCGUUCCUUAGAUGUAGCUUUCCUUCAAAACCAGUUGACUUUGGCUAGGAGAGAAAUCAAUAACUUGAGACAACAAAUGAUAGCCUUGAACCAUGUAUAUAAAAAGGAGCACGAUAUAAUAAACAAGAAAUUAGAGGAAUGGCAAUGUAGAAAUUGUAGGAUAAGUCAAGAUCUGCCUGCUUCAACGUCUAGGCAAGAACAUGCAGACUUUAAGGCCAAUUACAUUGGGGUGAUAACGACAAGCUUCCCAGAAAAAAGGGGCACCCCCAGGCAACCGGGGAUAUGCGCUGAUAUGAUAGCAAAGUUAACUCUUAGUAAAGAUGCUUUCACCAAUCCAGCACAUACACUGGAAGGUGUGUUUAGUAAGAUUCAUAUAUAUAUUUAUAAAUUGUCGAUUCUUAAUUUAUUUUUUGAAAUAGCCAAAAGUUUAAACCUGUAUUUGGCACUGUGAUACUUCUCUUAGGUCUUUUAUAAAUCUAUUGACAGGUUUACAGGAAUUUUCCCACAUGUGGAUACUGUUCCAUUUCCAUAAAAACGAGUCCACACACGUUAAAGCCAAGGUUGCACCCCCCAGAUUGAAUGGCACCAGAACAGGUGUGUUUGCUACAAGAUCUCCUCAUAGACCUUGCCCUAUAGGAUUAUCAUUGGUGAAAAUUGACAGAAUAUUAGACGAUACUAUUUAUUUUAGCGGUGUAGACAUGAUAGACAACACACCCGUCCUUGACAUAAAACCAUACAUUCCUCAGUAUGACAAUCCGGGCAUUGUGAACUUGAACAUCCCAAAUGUAGAUUUGAAUGAGUCAGUUACAGAAAUAGCUGACGCUGCAAGAGAUUUGAGCUUAGCUAGCACCUCUGUAGAUGACGGGUUCGAAAAUGGUCGAAUAAUGGAUGGCGAAGAGAAUGUUAGGAGAGAACAGGUGUUAGGAUCGUCUGUGACUGAAAGGAGUGCAUCUAGGCUGGAGGAAAACUAUGCCAGAUCUCACUCUCGGAUGGGCGAGAGAGAAGCCCCGGACGGUGAAGAAGAGGAACCACCAGAAGCGGCUCAGGCAUUGCCGGUCAACUCGGGAGCGCCACAGGGUCAUGUUCGGGUGCCGUCUUGGAUCGAUAAUCCGCCCGCGUCUAGAUUGACGGUUUUAUUCAAAGACAGGGCGCUAAUGCAACUCGGUCAAUUGGGAUCUGAGGGUGAAGAGAAGAAAACCACGAUAACAAAUAUCCUUCAAGAAGACCCGCGAAGUGUAUAUCUUCGAGAAAGGUGGAGCAGUCAUUGUUAUAUAUUCAGAAUAGCUGAGCUGUAUGUGUCUUGUAAAUUCAAUGAUAGUACUCAAACCGUAAUGGUGUACCAGGUGUUUCAAAAUGAAGUACCUCCUGAUACCGACGAUUGAGCUGACGAUAAUCAUUUCGAUAUCAGUGAUGGACUUAUUGUAAUAACAUUUUGGGUAUAACUCGUAAGUAGAUUGUUAUUUAAAAAUAUAUUUAUUAUAAUUUACGAUUUGAUGAUCGUUAUGCAUCUUUGAAUUAAGACAGUCAAUAAAGUAUUUGAAGUAAUGUG